AUCUAUGCUCCCAUCACAUCUCAUCACGCCUGGCUCGACGGCGCCUCGUGCGAAGAUGGCUGUCGACUGGGGCGUCGACGAGUCACCACCGCCUGUGGUGGACCUGUCUGGUCAGGAAUUGAACGCAGAAAGCUUGGAAUCACGGCUGUCGGACGUAGCUGCGUCGCAAGAGGACGAUGGCACGGCGCCGCGGUCGCUGCGGCUGGAGCGCAACCGGCUGGAGAGGCUGCCGUCGGCUGCCCUGGCGCCCCUGGGACUGCGGCUGCACACGCUAGACGUGAGCAACAACGGAUUGACCAGCCUGGGUGAACAGCUACCGUGCCCUUCUCUGCGCGUGUUGUUAGCGCGGGGUAAUCGGCUAAACGAGCUGCCUAAACAGAUGCCGGCGCCAUUGCUGGUGCUCAACCUGUCGGGCAACCAGUUUACCACACUGCCCGAUCAGCUGACUCAGCUUAACGAACUGCGACACCUCUACAUGGGAGGCAACAUGCUAGACCAGUUACCGGACUGCGUCGGAAACAUGCUCAGCCUGGAAGCUCUGUACUUGGGCGGCAACCAGCUCGAGGAGCUGCCGGCCUCGCUGGGCCGGCUCUGGCGGCUGCGCAGCCUGUGCCUGAGCGGCAACCGACUGGCCAGCGUGCCGGCCUCGCUGGCCGACUUGCGCAGCCUGCGCUCGCUGGCGCUGCACGACAACCGGCUGCGCACGCUGCCCCCCGGACUGGUGCGCCUGGGCCAGCUGGUCGAGCUGAGCCUGCGCGGCAACCCGCUCGUGGGCCGCUUCGUGCACGACCUCACGUACCGGGCGCCGAGCCUGCGCGAGCUGGCCGCCCGCUGCGCGAUCCGCGCGCGCCUGCACGAGUCGCAGGAGGCGAGCGCCUUCCUGCCGGCCAGCGUGCGCGAGUACCUGGCGUCGGCGCAGCACUGCGUCAACCCGCAAUGCGGCGGCGUCUACUUCGACAGCCACGUGGAGCGCAUCCAGUUCGUGGACUUCUGCGGCAAGUACCGACUGCCCCUGCUGCAGUACCUCUGCUCGGCGCACUGCAGCUCUCAGCUGCAGGCCGACUCCUCGGCCUCCUCGUCGCACGCCCAGGAUCCGGUGGAAGAGGACCCCGACCGCCUGCGACGCGUCCUGCUCGGGUGAUUGCCGACGUUGGGCGCAGUGCGGGCGCGGCGAUUGAAAAGGGACCACGUGGCGUGAUUGAUGGACGUCCGCGUACGAGCAGUGUGCGUGCCGUCGCUCUGCUGUAUACCUGAUGAUAUAUACUGACACGUGAACGCAGUACAGGUUGCGCCAGCGGCGUUGUAUAAGUGAGGCCUAGCACCUCCUUUUCUCAUAACUAUAUUGCCACAAGGUUAGAAAGGUCCAGGAUAGGUGGGUCACGUACCUAUCACAAUAGGAUUAACAAUUUUGUCUUCAGUCCUUGUAGUUUUUCCCCCUUGUUCAUAAACAGUGUUUUAAACACCAGUCACAUUUUGCAGGUGCAGGCAGAAUGGUACAGCAAUGGCUGAAAAGACUUGUGCUGCAAGUUCAUCAAUGACUUUGUUGAUCAAAUGGUGUAUGGCUUGAAAUGAGUAGUAGCCAAGAGAAACAAUAUGCUGGUUCAAGUCAUACGAUUUACUAUUUCUCAAUUUCGGUAUUAAUUUGUGCUCCUUUGUUUUUCUUACAAAAAACAGGGGUCUUGCAUUCAAGGCAGUUCUGUCCGCAUUUAGUCAGCAGAAAUGUGUAUGAAUCAUACCUCUUACUAUGAAUUACGACCCAAUUUCUUUAUAUUCACUUUUUCGUUUGUGUACUUCACUGCACAGUGUAAGAAAGUGUAUUUGAAGAAAUCCAUUCAGACUAGAGUUCAUGUGUACAAAAAUGGUGUGCAGUGCAGUCAUGAGGUUCUUAUUUGAUAAGUGCUCCUGCAGUUUUUAGCAUUUGUGCACCAGUUUAUGAACAAAGGCCACUUCAUAGCUUUGUUGCACAUACAUUAAUGAAUAGUACGCAUAUGUCACGUGUACUUAUCAAAGUAUGCACCUUCAGCAGGAGAUGUGCCUUAGUUGCAUGUGCCUAACUGCAGCCGAAUAGAGAUUAUAUAAAGAUAUCACUACAUAUAAAUGUGUCACAACUGAGGAGGCAUGUUUCAAUAAGUUAACAAUUGGAGUAGAGAAGUAGUAGAAUUUGCCAACUUGCACAAUUCAAAUAUUGUUGAUAACACAUCAGCUGCAUUGCCCUUCUGAUUAGUUGAUGCUAAUCUUGUUUGCUGGUCUCAAUAUUCUUGCACUAAAGCCUUCUAUAGUGUGACAAAGGACAUCUUUAUUUGAAAGUGAUGAUGGACAAGAGUGUUAUUAGAACCGAUUAUUUUAUUUUGUUGAAAUGUGAGUAUCCGUGCAUUGAUUUUUCGAAAUGUGAGGGUUUCCUCUGUUCUCAAAUGCUGUUAGUCACAAUAUUCUCCCUAGUUGCUUUGUUAUGUGCAGUGAACAUUUAAUCUGAAGGCAGAUAAGGAAAAAAGAAUUGUGCGCAAAAGAUUAAAUUGCAUUGAAACUAAAA